UCAUGUCAACCUCUGAAAGAGAGAUAUGGACAACGGAUAUGGACAAUGCUCUUAUUGAUGCCUUUGUGCAUCAAGUAAAUGAGGGAAACAAAGUCAACGGAACCUAUACAUCAAAAGCGUAUAACAACAUUACAAAGGAGAUGAGUGAAAAGUUUCAAAGGCCUUUUCAAAAGGAGAAGGUGAAAGGUAGAUGGAAAUUAGUGAAAAGAAAUUUUCAUAAAUGUUAUGACAUUUUCAAGAACUUGAGUGGAUUUGCUUGGGAUUCAAACACACAUCGUUGGAUUGCUGAACCUGAAGUUUGGAAAACACUAAUUGAGGCAAAACCAGAAGCUGCACAAUGGAUGACAAAACCGGUUCCUAAUUAUGACAAGUUGUCCAUUGCUUGUGGAGAUGAUAGGGCCACUGGAGAAAAAGUUAUGAAUGAUGAAGAUAUUCGACAAAAUCAUCCACUCAAUCGUGAGUCAGAGUCCAUUGAAACUAGUGAGCAAGCGACAUUAGAGACUUUGCAAGAGGGAGGCAAUGAUCAAGAUGUUACUUCUCCUGAGGUGCAAAUUCCACAAGAACCUAAAGCUAAAAGAUCUAAAAAGGCUCAAGAUGAAGCUGAAAUUGAAGGGAUAAAAUCUGCUCUUUUGACCAUAGCGGGUGCUUUUAGAGAGAGUACUGCAUCUCAUGAUAAAUAUUUUAAAGAAAGUGUUGCUGCUUAUGAGAGAGCUAACAUCAAACUUCCAAUUUCAGAAGCAGAUGUUUGGAAACUUUUACAGGAAAUGCAAGUGGAGAGACAUAUGCUCACUCCAGCAUAUACUUAUCUUCUUGAAUACCCUGAAAAGGUUAGAGCUUUACUUGGACUUCCCAAAGAUAUGCAAAAGAAUUAUUUAGUUGAACUUAUGUUUGGUCAAGGUCGUCCAUCAAGGAAUUUGUGAGAUGAUGAAAAAGAGAAGUUUGAAUAUUGAAGUAAUUUGUGGAUGAUGGAAG